AUGGCCGCGCACGCGCGCAAAGCCAACGAGGGGCUCAGGCUGGGCGACAAGACGGCAGUAGUGGUGGGCGGCACGCGCACCUUCCCGUCGCUCACUUACAACCCGACGUCCGAGGGUCACGAGCCGCGCUUCGUCGUGCUUGCGAGCCGCGUGCUCAUCGCGGAAGCGCUGGCGGACGCGGGGCUCCAAGCGGGCGUCAUCGUGCAUGCGCCCGGCGGGUCAGCGACCACGUUCGAUCCCGACGAUCUGGAACUCGGCGCUGCGUUCAAGAACGGCACCGUGUCGAUGGGGGCGAUUUUCGAGCGCGAUCGCGGUAUGCUUGACGCGUUCACUCUGGAGUUCAACGCGCGCCACCCGACCAUCGCAAUGUACCACCUCAACCCCGGCCUCGUCGCGACACGGGUCGUGCACAACUCGGGCCUGACACAGCCGUGGAAGUGGCUCCUGGGCACGCUGGGCGCCUGCCUCGGCAGCGAUCCGGCCGCCGUCGCUGAGCUGCCCGUGUUCCUCGCUACGGUGACAGGGCUGCCGUCGGCGCGGCUCCUGGAUGCAAAGCUAAACAGCGUUAAGCCUACCCCCUGGGCCGAGGACGGCGUGCUCCGGACUGCCGUGUGGGAGAACCUCAUGAAACUUGGCUCGGAGGUGCAGCAGCAGCAGGAGGAAGAGGCAGUGUGA